ACCGUCACAGAACACACCACGCGCCCCUUCAGCGCGUUCCGUUUGACGACCACUCUUCUGCUUCCCCCAGCCGCGCUCCCUGUCUCUUCCUCCUCCUCCUUCUACAUAUUCUCUGUAAUCUUCCAAAAAUUCUCACCUUUUUACUUUCACACUCCGACGUCUUCUGUGCCGAUUCUCUACUAGACUACUACUACCUUUCUCUGUAACACGCCUUCACCCUGAAUUUCUUGAGAGUAAACUGCUCAACAAGCCCGGCCUUCACACUAUAUGCUACUGAUAACAUUCACUCUUGAAUCAGACCAGGAUUUCAUUUGUGUGUUUUGAUCGGAAUUUCAUUCCUGGAAAUGAGAGCUGGGCUGAGCACAAUCCUCCAAACUCUAACGCCAGAAGCAGUGACUGUUCUCAACCAUUCCAUAGCCCAAGCGGGUCGUCGCAACCACACCCAAACGACGCCGCUUCAUGUCGCCGCCACGCUUCUGGCCUCGCCCUCUGGGUUCCUCCGGCAAGCAUGUGUGAAGUCGCACCCCCAUUCGUCUCACCCUCUCCAGUGCAGAGCCCUCGAGCUCUGUUUCAGUGUUGCUCUGGACCGAUUGCAAACUUCGCACGACAUGACUCCCGGGACGGACCCUCCCAUUUCCAAUGCUUUAAUGGCUACCCUCAAGCGUGCUCAGGCUCAUCAGCGUCGUGGCUGUCCGGAGCAGCAGCAGCAACCCCUCUUAGCCGUGAAAGUUGAGCUCGAACAGCUCAUCAUAUCCAUACUCGAUGACCCGAGUGUUAGCAGAGUUAUGAGGGAAGCUAGUUUUUCCAGUCCCGCCGUGAAAGCCAUGGUGGAGAAGUCGUUGAAUUUCUCUUCUUCCUCUUCCCACAUCACUUCGAAUUCAAUUGGGCUAGGAAUCCGGCCAAGGACGGCGGCACCUAGUCCGAAUUUCUAUAUGAAUCCCAGGCUGCAAUCGGGACAGCAAAAGGUUGACGAAGCAAAAAGAAUUACUGAUAUAUUGUUGAGGAGAAAGAGGAGGAACCCAAUCUUGGUGGGUGAAUCUGAGACAAAUUCAGUGAUGAGAGAACUGUUGAGAAAAAUUGAGAAUAACGAGAUGCAAGAGAUGCCUUUCAACAAAGCUCGCGCGAUUUUCUUAGAGAAAGAGCUACCUUCUGAUAAAGCACAAAUACCAGCAAGGCUGAUGGAGCUGGGAGAUUUAAUCAAUUCUGGUUCUGGAGGUGUUUUCUUGAACUUAGGUGACUUGAAAUGGCUGGUCGAUCAGCCUGUGGGUAUUGGAGCAGCUAGUUCGAGUAGUAACAUGAAGCAACAAGCCCUUACAGAGACUGGGCGAGCCAUAGUUGCAGAAAUGACAAAACUUGUUGCCACGUUCAGAGAUACAUGUCGUCUUUGGUUAAUAGGUACUGCGACAUGUGAGACGUACCUGAGGUGUCAGGUUUAUCACCCUUCCAUGGAGAAUGAUUGGGAUCUUCAAGCAGUCCCAAUUGCAGAUAGAGCACCUCUGCCUCAAACGUUUCCAAGGCUUGGGACAAAUGGCAUUCUUGGUGUGUCCCUUGAAUCUUUAAAGGGCUUACCUAGUACGACAAUGGAGCCGAGGUAUGAGAAGGCAGAUUCCGCUCCAAGAACAAUGUGCUGCCCACAAUGUACACAGAGCUAUGAGAGAGAAGUAGCAGAUGUGUUGAAAGACACUGAGAAAAAUGAUUCCUUCAUUACAUCAGAAGCAAUUCGAUCAUCCCUUCCACAGUGGUUGCAAAAUGCUAGAACUGGCAAUGAAAUGAAGGUUCAGAUCAUGAUGCAGCGUGACAGCCAAAAAGUGAGGAUGACGAAGACUCAAGAAUUGCAAAAGAAAUGGCGCGAAACAUGCCUGCAUUUGCAUCCUAAAUGUCAUCAGGAAAAUCUCAGCUUAGAGAGAAACGCUUCAACUCCUCACUCAUCUAUGAGCCUUUACAAUCAAAACUUGUUGGGACGUCAAUCUCAACCCAGUAAAAUCUCAGUUAGCCCACCGGGAAGUCCAGUGACAACCGAGCUGGCACUUGGGACAGCGAACUCAAGCAAUUCAACUCACGUUAAGGCCUUUCUGGGCUGCAUUUCUUCAGAAUCUCAAACUCACAGCAACAAAUCGUUGGAUCACGGCUCUUUUAAGAAGCUCCUUAAAGCCUUGACAGAGAAGGUAUGGUGGCAGAAAGAUUCAGCAUCAGCAAUAGCAACAACUGUGACACAAUGUAAAAUGGGGAAUGGAAAACGUCGAGGAGGAGUGAUCAAGGGUGAUAAGUGGCUCUUGUUCUUGGGUUCCGAUAGAGCAAGCAAGAAGAAGAUGGCAGAAGCUCUUUCUGAGAUUGUAUCUGGAUCCAGUCCGAUCACAUUUUCGCUCGGUGCACGGCAUGGCAACCGGAAAACCGACGUCCAUGAUGUUCGUGGUAAAACAGCUUUGGAUCGAAUAGCAGAAGCCAUAAGGAGGAAUCCAUUUUCUGUGAUCAUCUUGGAGGACAUCCACGAAGCAGAUUUACUCAUUCGUGGCAGUAUAAAACGAGCCAUGGAGCAAGGUCGGUUUUGUGAUUCCCAUGGCAGAGAAAUCAGUCUCGGUAACAUCAUGUUUAUCCUUAUAGCAAAUGACACUUCAAUCAAUGAACAAAACUUAGCCAAUUUAACAAGAAGGAGCUGGCAAUUACGACUUUCUAUAACAAAGAGAACAACCAAGCGUCGACCAGAUUGGUUAUGCAAUAUUGAAGAGAGGUUCACAAAGCCUCGAAAAGAAAAUGCAUCAGGUUUAACCUUUGAUCUAAACGAAGCUGUAGAAUCAGACGAAGACAAGACAGAUAGCUCAAUGAAUUCCAGUGACCUCACGGUGGAUCAUGAAGAAGACAACCAUCUCACUCACAACGUCCAAUCACCCACUAGCUCUACUCCAUUAUUUCUACCCCAAGAACUGUUGGAUGGCGUAGAUGAUUGCAUCGUCUUCAAGCCCAUUGAUGCCGGCGCCAUUCGCCACAGUUUCAUGGCCGCGGUCGAGAGAAGAUUUUCCGACGUGAUUGAGAAUGAUAUAUGCAUUGAAGUACAAGAGGAGGCUCUUCGAAAGAUUGCUAGCGGAGUGAGACUAAGCCAAACAAGCUUGGAUGAAUGGAUAGAGAAGGUGCUUGUUCCGAGCUUCAAGCAAUUGAAGGGAAUCUUGGACAAAAGUAAUGACGUUGAAUCCCUAGCCGUUAGGCUUGAAGAUGACUUGGACGGAGAUUAUGGUGGCCAGAGUUAUGGAGAUUUGCUGCCUCCUUGGGUAAGGGUGGUGGGGGAGACCUAGGGGAGGGACACAGUGGUAAUUAUAAAAUGUUAGUUGGGAUAUAGAAGUAAACGAAUGCAAAAAACGAUUGUAGUGCAAUGACUUUUCUUUCAUAUAGGAGAAUAAUUAAUUUUUUAAUA